AUGUUUAAGCGCCAGCCCAGCAAGGAGCCGCCGGCGCGCGUCUCGCCGCCGCGGGACGUGAAGCCGCCGGCGGCCUUCACCGGCUACCGACUGCAGCAGCCUGACGCAGUGGACUCGCGCGGAGUCCGGUCCGCCGCGGCCACCGCCCCCGUGGGUAACGGAGUGCCGGCCGGGGCUCCCGCUGCAGCAGCAGCGGCGGCGGCGGCGGCGGCGGCGGCGGCGCAGCCGGAGCCGCCCGCGCCCGGCAGACAAGACACGAAAGAUAAGGACAUUGUUGCUGAGAAGGAGGCCGAGAUCGACCAGCUGCGCCGCAGGCUGGAGGAGACGGAAAAGGCCAUGGAGCGCAUCAUGAAACAGAUGAGCACCGUCUCGCAGAAACUGAACGCCGCCAAAAUCAGCUCCAACAUCCGAGCUCUCAAACAGGAGGAUGACACGGACAAGUCUUGCUCGGAACUUGAGAGGGAUGCAUCUAGAAGUGCCCAGGAGCUGUGGGGCUCGGUGGACUCGCUGGCCUCUGACAGCCUGGCCUCCGACUACUCGCUGUCGCUGGACUCGCGCUACAUGAUGACGGACCCGUCGUGGCGCACCUACAGCCUGGAGACGGGCUACAGCCGCGACGGCGCGCCGCCGGCCACCGCCGGUUACAGCCUGGAGAGUACCGCCGACGUGGCCUCGGCCGUCAGCCGGCUGGCGCGCAGCGUCAGUCAGCUGAGCCUGGAGAUGGAGACGGCCGCCGGCGACGACGUCUCGCUGCCGGCCGAGACGGGCGCCGAGCUCUCCGAGCUGGGCGCCGACGGAGACGAGGCGGCCGACCUGGUGGACGGCGUGGUCGAGCUGAGACACGACGGCGCCAACGCGGUGCGUCGCUAUGAGAGUCUGGAGGCGCUGCAGUCGGCGCGCGCCGAGCCGCCGGCGCCGGCCGACUCGUGGCCGUUCGAGCCCCGCCCCGAGGGGGACGGCGCACAGGGGAACGGGGAGGUGCCCGGGGUGGGCCGCGCCGGGAACGGGGAGGUUACAGGACCCCGCCCAGUCGCCGCUGACCUCCCGACCCAGCCGACUCCGGCAGACGUACGCUCGACUCCGACCCCCACUCCAGCCGACGCCCAAUCGACUCCUACUCCGACUCCAGCCGAUGCACGCAAGACUCCGACUCCGACUGCGGGCGAUGCCCGUUCGACUCCGACUCCGACUCCGACUCCAGGUGACGCUCCUUUGACUCCUCCGCCUCACCCGGAGCCCGGUGCGACUCCGACUCACGCCGAUCGUUCGACUCCCGACCGCCGAUCGACUCCGACUCCGACUCCGACCUCACCCGGUGCGACGGCCGGCCGUCCGUCCGGGUCUGACCUGCACCACCCGCACGUGAUUGUGCUCGGACUGCGCACCAAGCGGACGCCGGAGCGCGAGCCGCGCACGGUGUCGUUCCGUCUGGGCGGCGACGCUGGCCACCUGCUGGCCUCGUGCCGGGUGGACGGCGACUGUCUGCCGCCAGAGUCGGCCGUGCUCAUCAGGGAGACGGAGACGCGCGCCGGGCGGUCGGGCGCCGCCGCCGCCGACGGCGCCAUCCAGACCUCGCUGCAGCUGGAGAUCCGCGGCAUGGAGGCGACGCCGGCGCCGCCGCGCGCCGACUGGACGCGCCUGCAGGCCGCUACGGAAUCGUCUUUGGCAUCCAUUGAAGACGAUCUGGAUAAAGCAUCGAAAGGGGUAAAGAAUGCCCCGACGAGAGAGGCCGGCGCUCUCAACGGGAAAGAAACGAACGAGGUUCCCGCUCGCCGGGGGAGUGCGGCGGGCAGUGACGCCGGCCACCGGUCACCGACGCCGCGCCAGUCGUGAGGAGGAGCCGCGUGACAGCACUCGGCCGCACAGCUGUGUCCGUGGACUGCUGGGCUGCGCAGCGAUCCCGCUGCGGCGGCAGCUGGUGUUAUAACGUCAUUGCGCGGUCCACCCAUCCAGCGAAGCACAAUCGGCCGCGUGUCAGCCCUGUAGUGCCGGCACAGGGUAGGUCCGCUACACGAGCCACGUAGGUCCCCAGCCCGGGAGCCGGACUCCCGGCCCGGACGUAGGUCAGACUCCGCCGACUGGAUAGCGUGGUGUGGUAGGCUGUUAGUGGAGUAUCGCGUCCCUCAGCGCUGGUAGAACCGCGGCGAGCGAACAGAGCCAAAGAUAUGGCUGUUUAGGAGACGUUUUAGUGCCAAAGGUGACGACCGUCAGCCGCCGCAGUGGCGUCCGGUAGAUGUGAUUAGUAUACUGACCCUAGUCCCAGUCUAGUCGGGUGGUUUGCGCCGCGCCGGCGCCCCACCAGAGGUCUCCCCACUCGCUCAGCCCGGCCGGGCGCCCGUGGCUGCCCGGCCCGACCCCUCCCCUCCCCCUCCCGCGGGUCCGGUCGGCCCGCCGGCCCCACUCUCCGUCUGUCUAGUCAGUAGGCCUCAUCUCCAUUCGACUCUGAGCGCGCCCGCGCGUUUCGUGCUCAUCGCGCCGCGAGUUGGAUUGUUGGCCGCCUGGCGGCGCCAGUGUCGCCGUGCGUGAGUGCCGUGCCGUCGCCUGCAACAGUGCGAUCCGCGUGUCAGCGACUAGUCGACCGUGCAAUACAGGAUGCAGUCCAGGUGGUGA